AUGCGAGGAGGGAUUAUCUGCCCUGCUGGAAACCAAAAUCGCAGGGCAUUCACUCUAAGAAAUGGCAUAUACUACGCAGGGGGCAAUAAGUGUGGGAAACUUCUGGCAAGAGCGACCCGCACUCAGAGCCUCCACUCCCAUAUCCAGGGCAUCCGUACGUCCAUGAACAAGGUAGACAUUUCGCCUCCAGAUAUUGCUGCAUGCUUCCAGAGAUAUUAUAAGACACUCUACAAUCUAGACUUGCCCCAGCCCCGGGACGCGGUGGCGCGAGAAGAGCGGUUAGCGCUUAUUCGAGCCUUCCUUCACAAAUCACAAAUGCCUACUCUAGAGGAGCAAAUGGCCUCAGAUGGCCUCCCAGCACAAUACUACAAAACAUUCCGGGAGACCCUUAAUCCACAUUUCUUUUCUGCUUAUAAUGGUAUUGAUAACCGAACUGUCCUCCCACCCCCAACACUAGAAGCACACAUAACUGUCAUACCCAAGGAAGGGAAGGACCCGCAGCUCUGUUCCAGCUACAGGCCGAUAUCGCUGCUGAACGUGGACCUGAAGUUGUUCACCAGGAUCCUGUUGAAUGGCCUUCUCCCAUCCAUGCCUUCACUGAUAGACCUCCACCAGUGCUAUAGGAAAUAUGACAUCGGUAGGCAGAUCAGGUUUACUUCUCUACAUGCUAUUACCGGACUGGUAGUUAUUGGAUAUGGAAAAUCCUGGAGAGAGCAAAGAAGGUUCACACUGACCACACUGAGAAACUUUGGAAUGGGGAAGAAGUCUGUGGAGGAGAGAGUGGCAGAAGAAGCUCAGUGUCUAUGCACUGCAUUCAAAUCAUACAAGGGCCAUCCAUUUGACCCACAUUAUCUCAUUGACAAUGCAGUUAGCAAUAUGAUUUGUUCCAUAACGUUUGGAGAUCGAUUUGAAUACGAUGAUGCAAAAUUUCAAAAACUUCUACAUCUUCUGGAUGCAGCAUUACAGAAUGACUCUGGAUUUCUGGCCCAGGUUUUAAAUGAAGUUCCUUGGCUGCUGAAUAUUCCUUGGCUAGCUGACCAUGUUCUUCAGCCAGAUCGUGAAUCAAUGGCUUUCCUAAAGGAAAUUAUUUCAGAACACAAGAAAAGCUGGAAUCCCCAUUAUAUCCGUGAUUUUAUUGAUGCUUAUUUACUGGAGAUGGAAAAGGUCGAGAAAGGAGGAGAGAGUGAGUCCAGUUUUACUGAAAGAAAUCUCUUGUAUUCAACAUAUGAUUUAUUUACUGCCGGAACAGGGACUACAAGUACCACCUUGAGAUGGGCUCUAUUAUACAUGCUUCUGUACCCCGACAUCCAGGAGAAAAUCCAUGAAGAAAUUGAUGAAAUGAUUGGAAGAGAGAGAAAACCAGCAAUGGCAGAUAUCCUGGAAAUGCCAUAUACUAAUGCUGUGAUCCAUGAAAUACAGCGCUGCAGUGAUAUUGCUCCCUUAGCUUUACCUCACAUGACCUACAGAGACAUGGAGAUUCGUGGAUGUUUCAUACCAAAGGGAACUACAAUCUUCACCAACAUAUCCUCUGUGCUGAAAGAUGAGCAGGUUUGGGAGAAGCCUUAUCAGUUUUAUCCAAAGCAUUUCCUUGAUGAGAAUGGCAAGUUUGCAAAGCAAGAGGCCUUCAUUCCAUUUUCAGCAGGUCGACGGGCUUGUCUGGGAGAACAGCUAGCCAGAAUGGAACUUUUUCUAUUCUUCACAACUCUCCUACAGCAAUUUACUUUUGAGAUACCAAAUAAUCAGCCUCGCCCAAGAGAUGAUCCCACCUAUGCAUUUUUGCACUAUCCACACCCCUACAAGAUCUGUGCUGUAUCCAGAGUAUAAUAUACUGGGCUGUAAAAUGAGUCACAAUCA